AUGCACGCAACAUUAUCCAACAUCCGUAACGAACCACCGCCAGUUGAAGGAUAUCUUAUUAGAGUCACAAAUGAUAAAGGCCGUAAAAACAAGUCAAAACGACUGUACUUUUCGUCACACGAUCAUUAUUUGUUCUUCAUGAAUCCAUCCUUUGCAAGUCCUCCUCCACCACCACCAUCAGGGUCUGGAUCGACAGAGGACGAAAAACUCAAUAAAAAACGACCAAUAAUGUAUGCUGUUGCCCCACACAUUCAAGGACAUGAAAAUGCCGCUGCUUUCAUUAAGGCUGAUGUCAAAAGACGCGUUAAACAAAUUUUUAACGCAUAUGGAUUCAUUAAUUUAGUUGAUGUUAAAGAAGUAAGACCUUUAAUUAACGAUAAUAAUGAGGAUACAUGUGAAAAUGAAAAUGUAGGAGAUAAAUCUAAAGAGCGUAAAUACGAAGGAAAAGGAUGUCCUUUUGAACUGGUCAUGUUGAAUGGAAUGACUAUUGUUUUAGAGGCAUAUUCUAAAACAACCAUGAAAGAGUGGGUGAAAUGUCUCAAUGCACUUGUCAAAUACUGGAAAGCUCGACUUGCAGAUGAUAUAAAAAUUCGAAUUAGAAUGUUUAAAGAUAAUCAAUUUAAUGAUUACGAUGAUGAUGGUGCAUAUAUUGGUGAUGGUUUUUGUGGUCAUUGGGAUAGUUUUCAAUCAUAUGCCAGCACAGCCAUUUGGCACUGGUGCAUUUUAAAUGGAUGUCGAGGUAACAAACGUCAUGUAAUUGAAAGACAUGGAACUAUCGGUCUUGAAUUUCAAAAGAAAGCAAAGUUAGAUUCUUCUGGUAAAGCCUGGAUAUUUCGUGCUAGAAAUAGGCUUGAAAGAGAAGAAUGGGUUUGGGCAUUAAAUGUCGAGAUUGAAAGGUGCUUGAUGGAAGAAAAUGGGUUUACUGAAUAA